AUGGACUUGUAUGAACCGGAUCCCGGAGACAGAUUCCGAGUGCCCGGCUGCGACCCACACCCGACGCAGGCCUCUCCCACUCGGGACUCUGACGAGGUGAAUAGUAAUGGGACACGAAACAGGUCUCUGGACUAUCAGAUGCAUUCAACCUUCAUCUCACUUAGCACUUGCCUCCUUGCAAUACUCCUUUUGAUCUACAAGUUCUGCACAGUUCUGUCGUCCAUAUCGGAUAAAGAGAGACGUUGUAAAACGAUGAGCGAAAAGAGCAUCACAUCUGAUACUGCCCUCAGACUGGCCAACCAGUUGAAGGGCCAAACGCUCGUGGUGCCCAACCUUCUCAAGGAGCACAUGGCUUCUUGGCCACAGGGAUUAAUAAAUGAGCACUAUGAAAGACUGCAGCAUGUGUUCAAUGGCAUACUAGACUGUCACGUCCAUGAUCUGAAAUACCGCCAGAAGCUCAAGGACAGCGAUUUUGCCAUGUUCACCUCAAUAUGGUGGCCAACAGCGAAAUGGGAAAACCUCUACAUCGGCGGCCUCCUUACCAUCUGGGCUUUCAUCUGGGAUGACGCCAUCGACAUGGCAGAGCAGUCUCUUUCGGCGGAUUUCGGCCGUGCCUGUGCCCACCGUCGCCAGACCAUAGACUACAUUCGGUACUACCUCGACGUCGAGGAUGGCGACGACCUCGAUCCCCAGAGCCUGUGGCAGCCGCGCAGAGUCAUGGGGAGAAUCGUCAACAACGUGGUUGACUGGCUCGGGUUCCGCGCCCUCCCGCCGCCCUGCCCCUCCGGUGGUUGCGACAUCUUCCGGGAGCUGGGAGAGAGGCUGUGUGCGAGGUGGGACAAGGGCAAGUAUAGAAUAUCUGACAGAGAGACUGAGAUGAACAGGGUCGAUGCGCGAAUGUUCCGGGAACUGCGCGACUAUAUCAUGUCCACGGAGCAGGAGCAACGAGAACGGCUCGAGGGCAUCAUGCCGACAUAUGAAUCCUAUGUUGAGCAGCGCUUGUACACGACGGCAUUUCGAAACUUUGCCAUUGUUGGCUCUCUGUGCGUUGAAACAGACAUUCCUGCCGACAUAUUCAACUCACCAGAGAUGGAGGUUGUGCUCCAAGAGGGGAACUGGAUAAUCAUCAUAGUGAACGAUCUGCUAUCUUUGAAAAAAGAGAUGGCAACGCACUGCAUGGGCAGCUUGAUUCCGGUGCUAUACAACCACCAUCACCAUCGCCUCAGCCAGCAACAAAAAGAAGACCCUAAUCUCCUCGAAAAGAUCGUUUCCAGACUGAAUGCCGAGGUUGCCGCAUCGGUCAAGCGACUGGACCGGGCUGAGGAGAGUUUGCUGCAGAUGGCGGACAGUGGCAGUUGCUGGAAAACUCCUGGCGAGGUUGUCAAGUUGAGAGAGGACAUCAAGACCUAUGUAGACAUGAUCCGAAGAACUGACACCGGAACCUGGGAAUACUCAUGUGCUGUAGAUCGCUACAGGAUUCAACAAUGCGUGCAGGAGGAUGGAUCGGUCUUGAUCCCACUUUGA